CCUCCCCCGCACCCCCCGCCCGCGGCCAACGGCGACAGCGGGCUGGAGGCGCACUACAGCUGCCCCAUCUGUCUGGAGGUCUACCACCGGCCCGUGGCCAUCGCCGCCUGCGGACACACGUUCUGCGGGGACUGCUUGCAGCCAUGUCUCCUGGUGCCGUCCCCCCUCUGCCCGCUCUGCCGCCUCCCCUUUGAGCCCAAGAAGGUGGACAAAGCUUCUAAUGUGGAGAAGCAACUGUCGUCCUACAAGGCCCCCUGCCGAGGCUGCAGCAAGAAGGUCACCCUGGCUAAGAUGAGAUCACACAUCUCCUCCUGCACGAAGGUCCAGGAACAGAUGGCCAACUGCCCCAAGUUUGCCCCGGUGGUGCCCACGUCUCAGCCCAUUCCCAGCAAUAUCCCCAACAGGUCCACCUUCGUCUGUCCCUACUGUGGAGCCCGUAACCUGGACCAGCAGGAGCUGGUCAAACACUGCAUGGAGAACCACCGCAACGACCCCAACAGGGUGGUCUGUCCGAUCUGCUCAGCGAUGCCCUGGGGUGACCCGAGCUACAAGAGUGCCAAUUUCCUGCAGCAUCUCCUCCACCGGCACAAGUUCUCCUACGACACCUUCGUGGCCACGUUUGGAAAUGACUGCAGUGAGAACGCCCUACUCACGCUUCUGGACUACAGCAUCGACGAAGAAGCUUCGUUCCAGGCGGCCCUGGCGUUGUCCCUGUCUGAGAACUGAGUUGCGGACCGGAGCGGACCCGGAUCCCGCCCCCAGGUCACCGAUCCGAAGCCCGGGGGACUAGAGGUGGCUCGCUCCUCAGCGCUCCCUACCAAUUAGGCCUCCCUGUCACCUCUGUCUGAACUGCACCUUUUCUAAUAAGGUGGAGUCUUUAUUCAUGGCCGAGAGCGAGCGCAGGGUCGGUCAGGGUCAGCCCCAAGGGCCGGUCCUCGGUGCCCUCUGGUGGGUGGGGAGGAGCCGGAGAUUUCUUUACCAGACAGAGGGUUUGGUUUGAGCGGAAACCUUUCACCUCCCCGUUUCUGGUAGAGGGAAGUUGAUGCGUUUGGUGCUUUUUGGCACAGGAGAUCCUCCGGAGCUCGGCGAGGUGGCUGGGGGCUGUGAAACUGUGUGAAAUCUGAGCAGUUGGUUGCAGCUUGGCAAGCGCGGAGGCCGCUUCUCGCUUCUAGAGGCCCUGCUGGGAACACGGCAGCCACCUGGCCCGGUGGCCCAGUGACCCACUGGCCCGGUGGCCGGAGAGGAGAGGCCCGAGCAGCCCCAUCCCGACACCUGGCACUCAGUAAAGCUUCCACCUUGCUCAUUUGGUACCGGCUUUUGUGAUACUUAGAGGUUCUGGCAUUUUUUCUAUAUUAACCUGUGUGAUGACCUUUUCACAUUUUCUAGAGCAAGGAAAAAGCAGUUACUCUUCAUAUUGCAAUAUCUGUGUUUGACUAGGAACAAUAGUAUUUUUAUGAAACAUUAAAAAGAAGUAUAUAUUUUUUAAAGAAAACUAUCAAAAAAAACCAUGGUCCGGGAUCAGCCUGAGGGAGGGGAGGGCUGAGAAACGGGGACCGAAACUGGAAUUGAGAGGGUGUUUCCACUCGUGCUUGUGUGCCUGAGAGGAGGCUGCGUCCAAUAUGUUAUUUCUGGAUUUCUUGAUGGUGGUUUCUUUUUCUCACGUCGACCUUCCUUUUGCUAAUGAGCGGGGAGAGAUUCCAUCCCCCGAGAAGCCCCGGGUGGCUAACGGUUUGAUCGGCCGUUGGGCAGGCUGAUAUUUAGGAGAUCGAGCCAGGCCCGGCUGAGAGCCCCUCCCCGGUUUGUGGAUCUGGACUUGCGGUGGGGGGCAGGAGGAGACCGAAGGAAGCAGAGGGGCUCCCCCUGGGAUGGAGUUUCUUCCGAGUUGCCCGGAAGUUGCCCCUCAGCCGGCGUCUCUGGGAACAGCGUCCCCGAAAGUGAGGGGAGCAUCCCCCAGAGCUGGAAGAGGGGCAGGUUGGAGCCAGCCACUGCUCUCUGCCCUCCGUGAGAUCCACAUGCCCCCAAGCACCCGAAAGAACUCCUAGCGGUAGCCGUCACUGCGCUUUUUGAGGCUGAGCCGCCCGUUCUGGAUGUGGGUGGUGGAGCCGGAUCGGUCGGUUCCAGCCUCCAAAAGCGAAGGAAUAAAGCUGGUCUGGGGGUUGAGGGAUGGACUGGAGGUGCCUAUCUUGAUUUCCAGGUCUAAUCUGGAGACUUCCGAUCCAGUUCUACCCGUAACUGAGAACUGCGUUUGCAUCUCUCUGGCGCUCUCUCUCUCUCUCUCUGUGUCCCUCUCCCUCUCUUUCUAUUUAUUUAAAUCCCAUUUUCAGAAGGAGUCCCCCUUUCAAGCAUCUGAAAAUCUGGAAGGUAGCUGCUCUUAAUUUCAGUUAGAACUAACCCGGCCCCAAGUAGAUUGGGGCCCACUUGUCUAAGGCAGGCGCCAGCAAGAGGCAGGGGGCGAGGGGGAUCCUUCGCUUCUGCAACCGUUUCCUCACUGGGGGAGAAGGGCCCCAGCGGGGCAGGUCUGUCCCUGUCCCUCUCCCCCCAGCCACCCCGAACCGCUGCCUCCCACUCCCUGUGAGUCAGGGAGCCAGUGAGUGGAUAACCCCCGUGGUAUUUGAAAGCCUCUCCUUAACCAAAAAAAGAUUCCAGUGGGUUUAUAGAAGCGGGUUCUCCAGGCAGCACUGGUGUCCCCACCCUCGAGUGGGCGGGGGGUCUGUGGGGUUCUUUCCAAGCGGCAGCACUCCCCUUCGGUAGACCCGUAGCUCCCGGAACUGAAUCCGGGCCCUACGGACAAGCCUCUUCUCGGCGUGUCUGAGUCCCCAGGCGGCUGGGACGUCAAGCCCCUCGGUGCGUAAAGCUCGCGCUGACCAAAGAUUUGGGGCCGAGCCGGCCUCGGGACUGAAAUCCCUAGGAACUAGAUAGCAAGCAGAGGACGCUAAGAAGUCGGCGGUUGCAGUGUCCCUUUCCUAAGCCAAUCAGACUCCUCCUUUCUGCCCUGAGGGAGGGAGAACCUAAUGGACACAGUCGAUCGGCAGCAACAGCAGCAUCAAGGUCGAUAAGAGGCCUGUGGAUGAAGAGUCAGCUUUAGUAUUCUGUUUCAAAGAGGAGGACAGAUUUGGGGAACUCUCAGUACCGGUAGCGGGUCAGAACCUUACAGUGUGGUUGAGACCUUACCCUUGACCUGCGACCUUGGGUAUAUCCUUUAACCCCCUCCCUCCUGGGUAUGUUGUCGUAGGGGUGGGAAGCACUUAGAGCUCUUCAGAAGAAUGGUGCUAUAGAAAUUCAAGAAAUGAUAACUUCUGAGGCUGUAAGUUGCUUCACAUAAUCCCCAGGCAGCCCCUGCCCAACGAUCCUUCAGAUCUCCCCGCAUCCCAGUAAAGCCAACAGUGUCCAGGGAUUCUUUUUGUACAGAUGAGAAACUGAGCAACAGAGACCAAGUUCACCUACCCAGUGGCCCUCAACUGGACAGAAGGUGGAAUCCAGGAGGCUGGAUUCCUUCUUUCCCACCCUACUUUAAAUGUUUAAUUACUAGCUCUGAUCCCAGAGAAGAGGAGUCAUUACAAGAAUCUAGUUCCAGCUUCUUUUCUCCGCCCUGCGGGAAUAGAUCCCGUGGCCAGUCACCAGAUCCUCAAACUACUUAAUUCCUUCAGCCUCACCACGAAGCAUGUCCAUUUCUUCCCUUAGGAAGAACGGUCUGCCGUCCGACCGGUGUGAUAUCGCCCUGGAAUUUGAUUCUUCUCUGCAGAGAGGAGGCUUGGUUCAAAGCACAACUCCAGGAGCAGACUUGGCCUCUUUCUGAGAUCCCUUUGGCCACAGAUUGAGGCAGCGUGACCUCCAGCUAUGGCUUGGCCCCCGGUACUGACCGGAAUGGUUUGCCCUCCCAUGAAGUCCGCCUCUCUGGGUGAACUCUUAUUGAAACGUUGCAAAUUCUCCCGGAGCUCAGUGUUAUCUGAGUCAUUGUUCUUCUCCACCUGUCCCUAAUCCACCUCUUGAAAAAGCAACCUUUGACCUCUUUCUCCAACUGUGGCUACUGGCUGUUUCCACCCAUCUGCCCCGCUGGAGAGAUAUUUGACUCUUCUGUUCUCCCAACUCAACCUCUCUCCACUCCAUCUCCCAUUUACCAUCCCACAGUUCUUUUGGAGCACGGAAAGCCCCAGCUUCGGUUCUCCUGCUUAUGUUCCAAAGUUAACUCUUGGAGUGGUCCGAAGCGCCUCUUGGAGUCAAGCCUCCUCCGGAUCGCUGCUUCCAGUCGGAGGUUCUCUUUCUCCAAGCCGUGUGCCUGUCCCCGGGGAUCACACUGACCAUCUGAGAAAUCAUCGACUCCUGGCCCGUGCUCUUCUUGACUUUGCUCUUCCUGGCAUUGGCCUCACCCUUUCCUGAGCCCUGCAAAAGCGAUUAGAGAUAGAGUUGGUCCAGACCGAAUAUGGGACGGCACUGAGUGAAUAUUUGCUCGCUUGACUGAAAGUAGUCCCUAACCGAAUAGGAGUCGGCACUGUAGUGCAGUUUCAGAGAGUAAAGAGGUAUAUCGUACUCUCCCAAGCGCUUAGUAGAGUACUCCGCACACAGUAGGUGCUUAAUAAGUAUGUAUGAAUGAAUGAAGGAAGAACCGAAGGUGUUUGGAGUCCACCAGCCCGGGCAAACUGCAGCCCUUUCCCUGGGCCCAGCUGUGAUCUUAGGCUCCUGACUUUCUGCCUGCCUUCUUACCAAAGCGCUCUAAUGCUCGACAGACUGUCGGGUGCCGGGUUAUCACUCCAGGUCUUCCGGCCUUUCCCGUCGUCUUCAUCCUACCCCCGUGACCUCUCCCUGGAGAGUAGCAGCGAGUCGGCAUUUCUUUUCCUUCUCUCUGGCCCUGGGUCCUCCUCUGACUGCCGCUGCCUCCGUACCUCAUCCGCCCCUGAAGCAACAGGCCUGACUCCUGGGCACGGAAGUCCCAGUCCAUGCGCGGCAGUCAGAAACAGCCACGCCGACCGUUGCUCGUGCGUUCCUCACCCUAUCUGCCGACCACCAGAUCAGUCCAGUCCCGACUGGGGCCCUCACUGCCGUUGGCAGCAGGACUGGUCCAGUCUAGGCCAGGUCCUCGUGCACCCCUGGAACUCGGGGGCUGCGGAGGAGAGAGACGGGGCGGUUCCGGUUGUAGAAGGGUGGCGUUCAGGCUGCCGUCCCAUAGACCCAGACCGGGGACAGGCCAGACUCUUGGGCCCGCAAACAAUAACCUGACACGUGAGAUAGAACCUGGACUACAUACCUCUUUACAGCGUGCUUGCAACUAGCUUCCACACUGGCUCAAGUGCCCGGUGUCUUAAAUGCUCAGUGCAGUGCUCGGCACGCGGUAAGCGCUUCGUAAAUACCGCCGGUUGAUUUAUUGUUUACUACACCUACCCUCUUCUCUCCUCCUUGCCCCAUAAGAAGCACCUACACAAAUGAGGAAUGACUGUAUUUAUGUAACUCCUUGAAGGAAUAGGGUCUGGUCGAAGCUGUUUUCACCAGUCCCAUCCCUUCUACUUCCUCCUCUUCUCCUGCCCCCCUUUGCUCAAACAGCCGAAAGGAAAUUCCUCCCCUGCUACCAACUUCCAUUCGGGUUGGGAAGGUGAAAACCCGAUCCCCGCUCUCCGUCCUGACAGUCUUAGCGUCAGUCCCAAGAGAGAGCCAGUGUUGAUCCCGUCAGGUAGGCGUGGAGAGGGCAGCAGAAGACCAAGCCUUAGGGGGUGGAUUGUGAUUUGAGGAUUUGGGGAAUUUUCCCCCUUUAAAUCCAAGUGCAGUAGUCAAGUCCAGUGAUCACCCAGUCAGACCACGCGCUCUCAUUCUUCUCAGCUGAUGGGGAACCUUUACGCUGCCUCAUUUUUACAUAGUGCAUGGGUUUGUCCUCAUUACCCGGGGUUCAUGCUGGGAGCAUGACUGAAGAGACAUGGCCCGCCCUUCAUCCGUUUUCAGGGUAAGGCAGAGAUCACUGGCACAGUGAAAGCCCCACAGGGGCACAGUGAACCAAGUCGUGCGUGUGGUCCGACCCGUAAUAAGGGGGCUUUUCCUACUCCGUCCACGUCCCGGUGCUCUUCGGUUUUCCACCGGAUUUGGUAAUGUAAGGUCUACGACGCCCCUGUCGGGAUUGUCUUUUGGAAAUGGAUCCUCGGCACUGGAGAUGCUGGUUUUUGAAAGGUCACGUUCAGUGACUUGAGCGGCCCUUCCAAAGCCCCACUGGGCUGCUUCCUGGGGGCCAGGGACCGGAGGCCACUCGGUCUGGUAGUGCCUGGAGCCUGAAAGGACAAAUCCUCUCUUCUGUGUCCUCGGGGUGACUGGAAAUGCCGCGUUUCCCCCCAGUUAUGCCCCCCCGCCAGGGUGGCCUUGCCCAUCAUCUUCGGCACCUGGGCAGCAUGCACCUUCCCUGGCAGUUUCUUCUAAAGGGACCUGUCGUGCCAUGCCUGGUUCUGGGGGGUGGGCCGCGAGCCUGCUGUGAGAUCCGUUGGUUUUCCAGCAUCUGCUGAGUUGUUGCCCUCUUCACUUCCAGGGGGAGCAAGGCUCCUGGUGAGAUAAAUCCAGGUGCUACUGCUGUUGGAGACUGGAGUGUGGUAUGACGCGCAACUGACCCCCUGCCCCCAACCUGUCCGUGUCUGGACAGGGAAAUACAGAGAGUGACCGGAGUCCUAAGUAAUCCAUCGUUCAUUCAUAUUUAUUGAACACGUAGCGUGUGCAGAGCACGGUACUAACUUCUUGGGAGAGUACAGUAUAACCGCGGUAGACACAUUCCCUGCCCUCAACGCACUUAUAGUCUAAGUAAAAGGAGAAUGUUCUGCUGCUGAGACACAAGAACCAGGUCUUCCGCGGGGGUGGGGGGUGUCUCCUGUUUGCAGGCAGGUGGGCUUGUGUCUGCCAGCCAGUCCUUUCCCAUCUCUCUUCCCCCAAACACCCCUGUACACCCUGGGUACCGUCCAGGCCCAGCCUACCCAGAGAAGGUCCUCUGCACUCUGAGAUGUGAACGCCUGAGCUUUUGAAAGCAGCCCCACUGUCAGAGGUGAGUCCCUGACCACGGAGGGAGCUGCUGACAGGGCUGUUGCCUGGUCCGGAAACCUGAGCAUCUAUAGGCCUUUCCGUGAGAGCCUUUCUCUUGCGGGACUAGCCUCAGGCUAGCCAUCCUCUCUCGGGAUUGCCGUUUCAGCCCUCCCUGCACUGACGCAGGGGCAGUUGGAGCCAGACGGCCUGCUCUGGCUUUACUGAGGAUUCUCAUCAGCGCUGGGGCUCCCUGUUCAGCCAGGCACAUCUCCAAGGAGGUGAUCUCUUUCCUGCCAUGAGAGGAUGGACAGGAGAGGAUCCCCCUCCCCAGUCCUGCCUGUUAGUCCAGCUCAUCAACGCGCUGAGUGCUGGGUCCUUGCACGUGCCAGUCGCAGGUGGGCUCCGGCACGCCCCCGAUCAUCCCCCGCCCUGGGACCGUGGCUCUGCUGACCUCACCGUAGGCCCCCACGGGCAAGCAGGAGGGCAGAGGAUGCAUCCACCGAGCCACUUCUCAUCAGUGGUAGAAGAUUCCCAAACUGGGUGUGGGACCUGAUAGGAAGGCCCCAAACCUGCCGUGGGAGCGGCCACCUGACUGCCCGGCAGAGAACAAAGGUCUUGGCCCUCUGACUUUUACAUUUGACGUGGCAGGACAACCGGAGAAGCCUCUCCUCUGGCUCUCGGGUGUAGGAGUUCCAGGGGUGUGGGCUGGGAAUUCCCCAACACAUCGUUCCACUGUCGGUCUGGAGGGAGGAAAGGGACGGGAAGGGCUGGGGGCAAGAGGGGAGCAUCGGUUCCUGGAGCCGAUGAGGUCUGUGGUUUGGGCCUUGGAGAGGGUCAUGCUAUUAUUAAUGUGUUCCUUGUGACUUUUUUGCUAUCAAUAUAAAUAGAACUUUUAAGGUACAUACAGUUUUUGAAGGGGGAAAAAACCUUUAUUAUGUAUUUGUAGCAAAAAUCAUUUUUCUCAAUAAAUGCAGUUUCAUCCA